AUGCCAAACACCACCUACUGCAAAGAAUGGGUCACCACCGAAGAGGCGUUACCGCUGCCUUCACAGCCGUUUCUCACAGCAUACAUGAGUGUGCUGGCUCUGGCAGCGCUGGUCUUCGGCAUCACGAUCCGUAGCCUACGGCCUCAGGCGGUGCGGCGCCUUCUGGCCGAUGCUGGAGUGGCGAUGCACAAGGUGAAGAAGACGGCAACGGAGAUCGAACGCAAGAUCUUCCACCUCUGCGGUUUGCUGGUUCCGUUGGCCUACCAGCUCCUGCUCACUCAUGGCGUCCCCAGAAGUUUCUGUGUGCAGCUCUGCUGGCUGAUCACGGUGCUCGGGGUCAGUGCGGACUGGCUGCGCGUGCACGUCCCCUUCGUCCGGGACAAUUGGCCCCUGAAGUCCAUCCUUCGAGAGAAGGAGGCGGACCGGCUCUGUGGAGGGAGCUAUUUCUCCCUGGGUUGCACGCUGGCCAUCCAGAUGUUUGCACCCGUGAUCGCGAUGACGUCCAUCCUCUUUCUCGUGAUGGGAGACAUGGCAGCGGCCCUCAUCGGCCGAUCCUUCGGCCAGAGCAUCUGCAGCAUAGGCAUUGGGCCUGGCGGCAAGAAAUCCGUGGAAGGGAGCACGGCUAUGUUCAUGACCUGCUUCGUCUUCGGAUGCACGCUAUUCAGCCCUGUGCACUUACGGGAAUAUGCCGUGGCGAUUGGCUCACUGGUGGCCACGCUCACUGAGCUUUACGAGCCUUUAGGGAUCAACGACAACGUGACCAUUCCACUUCUAAGUGGGAUAGCGCUGACCUUCGGUUUCGCACGGACAUACUCCUGCGAGCCAGCACGAAGCCCUUUGCUGUGGUAUUUGUAA